AUGAACCCAACAACAAGCAUGGACAGUAAUACAAGCGAAACCAGUACUGCAUUCAGAAAGUGUGUUCGAUUUGAUGAUGCUGCAAACAACACGUUCCACGAGUCCUCAUCAAUCUUGCCAAACGAGGCGAAAGAUGUUUGGUAUACUGGAGAGGAAUUGAAGGAAAGCUUUCGAAGUGAUGUGAAAGAAGUGCUGCGAGAGUAUUUCCGACGAGUGACAGUCAAGGAAGGCAAGCAGGACAACGACAAGAACUAUGUUGCCAAGCACCAAGACGAAGGCAACGCACCAUACACAAGAGGACUGGAUGCUCUGAGCGGGGAUGAUAAGGCAAGAAGAGCACGAUGCGACCUCUACAGAUCACUUGUUCUGAAGCAACACGCAACUUUGGCAUCCUCCAUGUCUCCGGCACACGCUAUGGAAAUGUUAGAAGCGUUUGCAUCUAAACAUAGUCAAUGGGCCAAAGACAGGGCGUGCGAUCUUGCAGUAGAUGAUGCUGCAGAAGCUCGACGAGUAUACAGAGACGCGUUUCUGUCUAAGGAGGGCGUUGAUCAGGGUCUUGGGAUCUUCCCCCAGAGCAAAAGAAGACCCGACAGGCGCAAUGGCAAGAGAAAGUCGGGUCUAGCGCGAUCUGCAUAA